AUGGAUCCGCUUUCGAUAUGCGCAUCAGCACUUGCGCUGAUUGGAGCGUCAAAAGCUGUCACCAAGGCCCUUUAUAGCUUCACACGAUAUGCCACCCACGCCGAGACUCACGUGGCGUCGCUGUGCUCCGAAAUCACUACCCUGACAGAGUAUCUGUCGUCGAUAAACACGACGCUGAAGAGCUGUCGCCGCAAUGCGCGCUCUUUUGCUCUUAUCGAGGCUGAGUUGUGGUGCCAGAGUGACCUGGCCCUGCAAGACUGCGAGGCGACACUGAACGAGCUGUCGGCCUUUGUCGCAAGGCUCAAACCGUCCAAUGACAAUAACAAGACUGCAUUCUGGCGGGCCAAGGUGGCGGUUGACAUGAGCAUCCACGCUCGUCAACUGGAGCAGUUCCGGGCUAGGCUACAGCGGUCAAAUUAUGCGCUACAGACGGUUCUUCAGACAAUAACAGUAUCCGUUUCGCUCCAAAACAAUGCUUCGCAUGACCGUCUCAUGCUGGAACUGGACAAGCUCAAGAUGUACAUUGAGCACGCCGUCUGUAUCGGAGCGCGGUCGCCGGUCGGCACUCACCGUCAACCCAGCUCGACAACGCUGUCAGAAACAAUCGCUGCCAAACAUCUUCAAGGCCUCGUCAAGGCUGCAGAGAGCUUCUACUCCAGCGCGACAACUACCGUUGGGAGCUCGUUUGGAGGCUCCGUCGCCGAUUGGCCACCCCCUGCCAGGGAGACAAUUCCUGGAUUGUCGCCAUUUAGGACCCAGCGUGUGCAUGAGUACAUACAAAGCACUAGCCAGAGAUUGAAUCCUCUUGCUGCUACGGAAGCAAAAGACUUGCAUGAAGAUUUCAUCGCGGAUGAGUCUGCUGAGCUGACAGAUGACCCCGCCAAACCCGUGACACGGACUCCCGACGCCGAUUUUAAACUGCCAUUCGUCGAGGACUUCGAGUACUUUGACAUAGAAAAGACAAUGGUCGAGGUACGCGAAGACUUUGCCGUCGAAAAGAUGAAGGACAGAGAUUUCGAGGGUGCAGCUACAUUUUUGAACGAGGCUCUUUCCAAGAUUGAGUUAGUCUGUGAGACGCAAGUUCGAGUGCGCCUACAGACGCGCCUUGGCAUGUGCUACGUCUUGCAGCGCAAAACCCAUGAGGCGCGCAAAGUCGUAUCCGAAUUGGAAAGAAAUGGCGGACUCGAGAAUAGAGAGGUUCUUCAUCUGAUGCAUGCUCUAGCCAUGCUUCAUCUCGCCCAAUGCCAGUUGGGUCCGGCAGAUAAUCUCGGCAACAGAAUCGUAAAUGCCAAGAUGAGACUUUUGGGCAAGUCCCAUCCGGAGACCUUGAUAUCAUUGGGCUUUUUGGAGCAUCUGUAUUAUCGGUUCAGUAUGCUGCUACGUUUGGAAGCCAUUCGUCGCCAUAUACCCCCGGACUACGUCUACAGCCACCCGGAGAGCGAGCUUGACUUUCUGUCACAGCAUGCCAUGCUGAUGCCUACCAUGACGCUUGAGACGGACAAGGUCGAACUACCCGGUACCUCCUUGUCGGAAGACUCUCAGAGCGGCUCUGCACAGACGCCAGAGAAGGAGUACACGCGAAAUCCUGGCGUCAAGAGAGCCUUGACGCGGUAUGAAAGACAGCCGACAGAUACGAUGAAGGCAUUUCACCUGGCGGUCCUCGAGCCCUCCAGCGCAGCGCAAGCGGCGGGAUGUAUCGGAAAGUCCAUCGGAAAGUUCGAAUAUUCGACGACACAGAACGGUACUGCACAAGGCACCGCCGGCAAGGCAGAUGGGGUCGGCCGGGUCCACAGGACUGGCCAGGGCAAAGAGGUUUCUCAGCAUGAUCAAGAAGGAAGCGCCGAUAGUUCCUGCGCCCGCGGAGAAGUUCCUUCACGUGUUUGA